AUGUUUAUGCGUAGAUAUUAUAAACCCUUAUAUAAAACAUGUAAUUAUCAGAUCCAUACAGCAUCUCACAAGCGGUGCUGGCACGCUGGGAGUUGCUCAGCAUCUGAAUGUACCCAUACCAAUAAAGACGACAGAGGUACCUUCCCUCCUAUAGGAAGUGGCAAUCUUCUGUACCAAUCUGGAUGCGUUCAGCAAGGAUUAUGCCCAGGGUGGUGCGGUUUUGAUCAGAGCUCUAGAUGCUUGUGGGUGCAAGCAACAGUGAACGAAACAGAUUGUUACUUGCUAUAUACAUAUUCAUAUGAAGCAUGGUCUCUGAAUCUCAUGAUCAGGAAUGAGUAUGCUGAGAAAAUGAUUUCUGUUGAUGAAAAUCGCCCUGAAGUUGGAUUAGGGUUUGAUAUUUUAUUUGUACUUCAUUCCAAGCCUCAACUCAGUAUGAUUGAUAAUCACAUAUUAGAAAUUGAGAGUGGGAUAGGUAUACCUGUCAUAGCUAGCGGAAUAGAUAAUCUUGUCGUUGGACAAAUUGGCGUAUACCAGAAAACACUUGAUAAUAAGCAUGUGAAGUUUCCCUUAGAGCAAAUGCUGACAUGUCACCAAUCUUCAUGCAGCAUUUCAUGUGACCUUGCUGAGUCUCCCAUUCAAAAUUCGAAGUAUAUAAGGGAUUGGAAAAGUAGGGCAGAAUAUAAGCCUAUAUGGUAUGACUCUUAUGGAGAUGGUUUAGUCAAUAUACGCGAACCCCUCUAUCAUGGUUCACUAACAGCUUAUACUUCUGGUUUGGACAUGAACCACCUUCAAGUUAGUAUUGCUUCAUGCAAUUUUGAAGUGAUAGACAUCCAAGCGUGUACAGGACGCAGAAGGAACACCUUAGCAAUUCUCAAUCCCAUAAAUAUAACAUCUGAAGGAGCUCUAUAUAUAACAUCAAACUGUUCUCUGAGUAGCUACAAAUUAUUUUGUGGGAGAUCCAAAUACACAUUGGAAAUAUUAACAUCGGCAUCUAUUUGCGAAGUGUCAACAUUUCAUGACAUAUCUAGCUCAUCAAAACUUCCAAUACAGGUAUUUUAUCUGAAAAUUAAUUAUGUUUUUUAUGGUGACAUUGAUCCAAUAAAAUAUUUAACACAAGCUAGGAAUGAUCAUGAUACAUCAUCACUUUUUAAUGUUUUCACCAGCAACACGAACUUUAUAGGUGGUGUGGGUACAAUUCUAUCGUUAAUCACACUACUCCCCCAUCAUCAUUAG